AAUGGAGCCAACACCAGGCAUCGUCUCUGGUAAAGGAAUCCGGAUGGUGUCUGGCUUGCCCAGCCAAUCUCUCAAGAUUCUGUGGGACAUAAAGGGUUGGAAACGUCUGUUGAAGCUCCCUCAUGAACUCCUCAAGCUGCGAUUGCCCUUCGAGAUCGGGGCUGACGUCGGAAUUAAGUCCAAGUGGGAAUUUUCGUUCCGUCAACAACGUCUCGAAAAGAUACAGUUGUGGCUCCAUAUGUUGAAAUUUGAAGGUGACGAGGUCAACGUGACCGUUUCGAGGCAACUUGCAAUACUGACGAAAGAAUUGGGGGUUCAGGACACGUGGCGGGAUUAUGCGUUGGAUUUCUGUUAUUCUGAGUCUACUCUUGGAUUGGUUGAUUUGACGAAUAUCGUCUUCCCAAUGACUCCUACCGGCAAUUCCAUGAUCUACCCGCAGCAGCCGGAUGACGUCGACAUAAUGCUUGAUGGGGGAACGUUAUCGUUACGGUUUAAAUUUACGGUUUUCCUGAAUAAUCUCGAAAAUAAUUUGGAGGUGCCGUAUUCCGAACCUCCUCCUUUACUGGCUUUAGAUGUUUGUCGCCAAAAUCAACGGAAUUCGAUGCUGACCAUGUUACGCGAAGGGAUUGGAGCAGAUGUCACAAUUUUGACGAAAGAUGACAAAGAAGUGAAAGCCCACCAGUGUAUCUUGUCCGCUCACAGUUCCGUCUUCAGGGCCAUGUUUUCUACAGAGAUGGCCGAGAAGAAGGUCGGAAUUGUUGAAAUGACCGACAUCGGGAGCGAAGGGUUGAAUAUUUUUCUCGAAUUUUGCUACACUGGAGAAAUCGCGGAGAGUUGGGGUGAUUUUUUUGAGGACGUUAUCAAUGCGGCCGAUAAGUACGAUCUGCCCCUCCUUAUGGACCUUUGCGAUGAACUUCUCUACACAUUGUGCACUAAGGCAAAUUGCUUGGACCUGAUCAAAGUGACAAAUCUGCACAAAAUGACUAAGGAAUAUUGAUGAAUUCAUUGACCGGAUUUAAGACGUUUGUAAACAUACAUAUUCAGAAAAGUCGCAAUGUAGUUAUGCCAUUACCUUUUCUACAAAAAAAC